GAUGCUGAAGAGAAGGUUAAAAAACACAAAAGAGAAAGCUUCUGCUUAGUACUGAGUACAGACACUGCUACUCUUUUUCUGUACCUUAAGCUUAAAUCAUGGAUUUCUUUAGUUCUUUACAGAAAUUUAAUUAUUAAUUACUACUGUGAUUCAAUUUUCUUGUUCUAUGUGAUCAAUUUCUUAAAGUUCUUGGGAUCUGUAUAAAGAGAUACAUAUUAGGGAGUUCCUUCUGCAGACUACAGUGAAGUUCACUAAAUAAUUUGAUUGUGAUUUGUUAUUAAUUAUGGAAGAAUAUAUUAACAACAUUCUGUCUUCUUCAUCAUGGGUUGAUGGAGAUUCAAAAGAAGGUCAAAAUUGUAAUCAUAAACCGUCAAUUUUGAAUGGCUGCUUGAAGAUUGGAAAUGUGGGUCUGCAAUAUGGUUCAGCUAUACCUGCAUUAGGUUCAGUGGAUCUUAGUUAUCCAAAGCAGCUUCAAGUGGUUGAUGAGGUUGGCAUUGAUGUCGGAUACUCAUACAAUAGCAGUGCUAUUCAAAAUCUAUCAUCAAUUCCACAACUGUGGCCUUUAGCCUCUUAUGAUAGUGUUUCUUCUGUGUCUGCUGUGAUGGGACAAGACAAAAUGCAGCAAUUCAGUCUCCAUGGAGGAAGUUUGGAAGAUGAGACAGACUUUAUGGAGAAGAGAUAUGUUUGUAUGGAUCAAAUUCUGCAACUUGAUAAGUUGUCUGAAGCAGUCACUACAAAGGAUAAGAAAGAUAUGCAAAGUUAUCCUGCGUCUGCUUUCGCAGCUGGGCCCAAUACAACAAUGGCAUCAAAUGGAGUAUCAUUUCUGUCACAGACAACAUCGACAGCUCCUGCUGUUGAAUGCAAUGGAACAGGAAAGCCUCGAGUAAGGGCUCGUCGUGGACAGGCUACUGAUCCACAUAGUAUAGCUGAAAGGCUUCGGAGGGAAAAAAUUGCUGAAAGGAUGAAGAAUCUACAAGAACUCGUACCUAAUUCUACUAAGAUUGACAAGGCAUCUAUGCUUGAUGAGAUCAUAGAGUAUGUCAAAUUUCUUCAACUCCAAGUGAAGGUACUUAGCAUGAGCAGGCUAGGAGCAGCAGGAGCAGUCAUUCCUCUCAUUACAGAUGGUCAAGCUGAGGGUUCUAGGAGUCUGUCACUCUCACCGUCAGCUGGUUUGGGACUUGAAGUUUCUCCAUCUCCAGACCAAAUUGCCUUUGAGCAGGAAGUACUUAACCUUUUGGAAUCCAAUGUGACUACGGCCAUACAGUAUCUUCAGAGCAAAGGCCUCUGCCUCAUGCCAAUAGCUCUCGCUUCUGCCAUAUCUAGUGGGAAGGCAUCCUUAUCAUGCGGAAUUGCAUGUGGGGAGAAGAAAUCUAGCUUCACUAAUGCUUCGGCUAACAGCAACCGCAGCGACAGCCCCAGUAGCAACUGCAGCAAAAGCACCAUAGCCAAUGGUUGCGAUGGGAUUGUCAAGCAAGAAAAGGCUUUUUGCAGAGAACUUAAACCCAAUACAUUACAUUAAUUUCCUCAAUUCAUAACUCAUUUUUUAAGCUUUGCUGAGGUAGCAGGUACUUAAAAAAUCUAAUAAAAUUAUCGAAGCACAGUUCUUUCUCAUUUUUUCCUCGUUCUAUCUCAUUUUUUCCUCGUUCUAGGUAGUGCAUUGUGAAAUACUUCAGCAUAUCUAUAAGAAUUUUCAUAUACAUUCAGCAAGGGAAA